AUGAAGGAAAAAGAACUGAGCACAGAGGACCUGUUAGUGGAAACGGGCUGUUGUGUUGCAGCACUCCUGACACUACAGCUUUACUUACAGCUGACUUCUUGCCUUUCUUACAGGGCUCCCGACCUCAAAGUGUUUCCUACGGCCUGGGCUCCCGACCUCAAAGUGUUUCCUACACCCUGGGCUCCCAACCUCAAAGUGUUUCCUACGGCCUGGGUGGAUCUGGUUACUCAGGUGGCAGCAACGGUUGUGGACAAGGGGUCUCCUAUGACAGCAAUCCGUGCCACCAGGGUGGAUCAUACUCCUUACAAACCUAUGAUGGUAGCCAAGGUGGAUCACCAUCCUCACAAAGUUAUGGUGGCAACCAGGGUGGAUCCUACUCGCAAGGCUAUUCGGGUGGCCAAGGUGGAUCAGACACCUAUUAUGAUAAUCAGAGUGAGACCACCUAUAGUGCCAAUGUUCAGGGCUGCAUCUAUAAAUAACUGCCUUCUGGCCCCUUUACAGCGUUCUGGUUGUGCAAAGAAGAAAGUUCUUGUUGCCAGAGAUACCUCACAUGUUUUGAGCAAAAGAGCCUACGACUCACAGAAUGAGUCUUCUACCUCAAAUAGCAGCCACAGUAACCCCCAGGGUGGUUGUGUUUGUCCUGAUGGCAGCAGUGGUAGCAGACAGGGAGCCCCAGGUUCUUCACACAGCACAUAUUCUGGUAACCAGGGAGGGCCUUCCUUCUAUCCUGGAGGAUCCUAUGGACAGGAUGGCCAAGGUUCUUCCUACGGCUCUUACUCUGGUAACCAGGGUGGGUCUUCCUUCUAUCAUGGUGGAUCUUAUGGACAGGGAGCCCCAGGUUCUUCACACAGCACAUAUUCUGGUAACCAGGGAGGGCCUUCCUUCUAUCCUGGAAGAUCAUAUGGACAGGACGGCCAAGAUUCUUCUUACAGCUCUUACUCCGGUAACCAGGGUGGGUCUUCCUUCUCUCCUGGUGGAUCUUAUGGACAGGGCGGGUCUUCUGCCUAUGACAGCACCGGUGAAUCCUAUGGUCAGGGUGGCUCUUCCACAUACAGUGGUGCUGGAUCUUAUGGUCAGGAUUCAUCUUCCAUAGGAGGCAGUGACAGUGACAAUGGCUCCAGCUCACUGUCUGGCAGCCAGCAGAAUGAACGGGUAAGUACUCCUUCCUUACAUGUUGCCAGGGUGUAUGCCCCAGGACCUGGCAACUCCCAGCCACCUAAAUUACAGCUUGUGUGGAAGUUGCCACAGCAGCUUCCAGUGUGGGACAGAAAAGUCCCACAAGCACAGAGGGAAUGAGGAUAUGACUAAAGUACUGCUAGAAAUCCUAGCUGAUGCUGAGGUGUACUCUUGAAUCUCUAACAUUACAAACCACAGUACCACAAUUUACUUGUUCAGGUUCCUGCACUUUUUUACUCAUUACCUGUCUGCAGAAGGCUUCAAUACCAUGAUUUGUCCAGCAUUUAUUUAAGUAUAACCCUUUGCUGUGAUGUGCUGUAUUACUCACUUCUGAAGGCUUCCAUUUUCCUGUCCUUUAUACAUGGCACACAUUUUAUUUAUUCUAAUGAGAAUUAAAUGACACAGACUGAGAAAUUACUUUGUUGGAGAUGUAAGAACUCUUUAAUCAUUGCAUCCGAAAGAAUGUCUUUCACUAAAGGAGCAAUU